AGUCGCUAAAUGCGGAAGUUUGUCUGAAACGGCGCAGAAACAAAAGCGACGAGCUGCGACUGAACCUCGCACCAGGAAACUUUAUUUUUCUGUGAACUGGAAGGAAACGGAACGCUCCAUCAUGGCCAUGGACGAGGUUUACUCCGCCACGACGGCCCCCAACCCUAAAUCCUCCUGUUUCGUGGUUCCUACGGACCACCUGGAUAAAACCCGCUUCAUCCUAAAAGUCUUUCAAGUGCUGCUGUCCUGCGUGGCCUUCUCCCUGGAGGAGGCCAUCAACAGCUGCUAUAGCUGCACGCCGCUCUACUUCUUCGAGUUCGUCAGCUGCACGGCCUUCCUCUUCACCCUGCUGCUCGUCAUCCUCCUCUCCACCACGCUGCACAAGAAGGUCACCAUCACCUGCUGGCCCACUGUGGACUUCUGUUAUACCGGUGGGAUCGCUCUGCUGUUGUUCAUCUCCUCCAUCGUCUUUGCGUCGAGCAACGGCGGCUCGAGUCUGGAGACGAGUGCUGUGGUGUUCGGUUUCCUGGCGAUGUUGGCGUUUAUUGCUGAUUUCGCCUUAUUUUGGAAGAACCUAGGGCUUCCCUUCAGGAACGGCGGGAAGGCGCCGUCCAAUCCUGGCGGUGCCGUGCAGGUGGAGGCUCCAGCAGAGAAAGAGAAACUGACCACGGAGGCCAACGGAGCAGAUUAAAUCCAUCUUUUGGCUGCAUUCAGAGGUCACCGGUUGUUUUACGCACCCUUCUUUUAACAUGACGCCGGACGCCAGAGCUGCAGAGCCGACGUCCUUUUUAAAGUCUUUUUAAAUCCUGCGUUAAGUCAAUGAUUCCCACCGCUGAGAGCUCUGAAAUGAUCAAUUUGAAAGUAACCAAUCAUUCCCAGUUCAGAGCGUCCAGCUGUGAGUUUGUGAUGUAAGAAUACUCAGACAGAAACGGACUCCUGUUUUUUAUAGAGGUAAACCACAGAGACACUAAAACCGUCAAACCACUAAAUGUUCUGCUGUAAUGUUUAUUUUUUUAACAUUUAAUUGACGCAGUGAAUCUGAAAUACGUGGAGUCAAUGUGCGUCACUUUGCUUUAUCGUCAGUGUCAUAAAAAUAAUGAACCCACUCUGUCUGAAUUCACAAACACAAUUCAGAAACUGUGACAGAGAACUCACAUCAUGGACUUUUACAAAUUGUUAAACUGGUGUUUUGUUGACGUUGGGACCCUUCAUGUGGUCCCAAGAUAAACCUGAGUCAUCACAAAUUCUGAGAAGACGUAAGAGAAAUAGUUUUGUCCGACAAGAUUCAGUUUAUUAUUUUCCUUUUUUUCUAUUGAAAUAUUGCACAUUUUCAUCUCCUUGCAUUGCAAAAAUUCUGAGAAGUGAGAAUGAUGUUUAAUUUUCCUGCUGUGUCCCUGAACGCCUCAUGACAGCUCAGAUUUAUAUCCUGAUACACUGUAAAACAAAUCUGUAAUUUUACUGAAUUUUCCUUCUUUUAAAACAUUUUUUUCAGAUGGAUAAAAUAGAUAAAAAUAUCAAUAAAAUUGAGAAAAAAUAAGAUCUAUGAAAUAUGCAAGAUUUCUACGUGAAGUAGUGUAAAAAGUCAUAGAUGAUAUGAUCUAAAAUUAACUGUCAGUGAUUUUUGUAAUUCUAAUCAUGAUUGUUUGUUUAAUAAUGGUGGUUUUACAUUUUUUCAAAGGUAAAUCUAAUCAUUUUAAAGACAGAUGUACUAUAUUACACUUAAAGUUCUGUCAAAUACAUUUUUUUUUUCUGGAAAAACCUGAUGUUCUUAAAAAAACUAUAAAUUCUUGCAAACUGAAUUACUAGUUUUCCAAUAAUAUUUUGAUAUUUUUUUCUAUUAACUGAGUUGUUACUAAACAUAAGGCGGAUUAUUUGUAUUCAGACAUUAUCCAAUUAUUUUUAUGGGUGAUUUCAUUGUUUUUAUGCAUGUAAAUAUCCGUCAUUAACAUUAAAAAAGCCUCGAAAAUAUACAUAUUAUGUUAAAAAAAAGGCUAGAAACUGUAUUUUAACUAUGGAAAAAUACUGUUUUUAAUGGGGUAGUUAUUUUUUCAUUAUUUUACAGUAGUUUUGGGCUGCUGAAAUAUUACCAUUUUGCUUUUUUUUACAGUGUAACUUUUAAAUGUGUGUUGAAACAUUCAACACAGGAAAUUUGUCGUCUUAAUUACAGGUUUUUUUGCAGAUAUUCCUACUGGUUUUACAGGCAGAGGCUUUACAUACUGCUCCAAGUAGUAAACAAUGAUUUAACAGAUUUAAUCACGGUUUUAUUUAAAUAUUGACAGGGACACAUUACAUUUCUAGCAUUUUGGUAAAACGUUAUUCUGAAUUCUGAAUAUCAUGGAGUAUAAAUGGAUGUAAUUGUGUCUUUUGAGUUAUAUUCAUUGGUUGUUUGAGCUCAUAAUUCAGAUUUUGAGAGUAAAAACAAGAGUAGGAAAGAAAAAGGAGCUUUGUAUAUGAGUAAAUGUAAUAGAAGUUUUUGCAAAACCCUUAAAAAUUUUGCAAAAUUCUCUUGAUUUUUCACAUUUUUAAUGGAAAGACCAAUGCAAGUGUUCUAAAUAUUCCUACGGCUGUGGAAGUAAUGAUGUCUGUUUGUUCAUGUUGUUGUAGAAGAAGUCUUUUUUGCAGAUGAUUUCUUGCUCCAGUGGGUGUAAUGAUUCAAAAUGUCCAGCAAGUAGCACUACUUAACUGACUUUCCUGCUUACGCGCUUCAUUUUUCAGUCCUGGAAGCUGCUGCUCAGUGAAAACUGUCAUUGAAUCUCUUCAUAUUUGUAUCAGAUUAUCACCAAUUUAAUCUCGAUCGGAGCAGUUUGAGUUACUGAACCGUCUUUUUGUUUAGUCUUUCUUUCAGCACACAAACAUUGCCAUCAUUCUUUGUCAAAAGCACCUUGUUCACCUGCUUGUAGUCAAAUAGUAAAAAAUCUAAUGGCAUCCUGUGAUUUUUCCUGAA